GACUGCGAGGGUGGUGCGGAGAGGAGUAGAGGACAGGGACGAUGAAAGCGGAGAUACGACGGAACACGGUGAAUACGCGAGUUCUCGUGGAUACAUUGAACGUCGAGUUAGCUGUGCCAAGUCCCCCCCAUAGUUUGUCAUAGUUCGUUUGUUUGCACUUUCUUUUUUUUACGGAUUUUGACGUAUACAUUCGUUCGAUCGAUCUGCUCGAAUGAAAGAGACCAUUUUUAACGUCGCGAGCAAUCAAAGCAAGCCGUUUGCAUUGCUCGUUCUUUUUAACUUCGAUCAUUGUUUUGUUAACGGUUCGAAGACAUUAUCGGGAUAUAUGCGAGAAGAAUAUAGUUGGUAAAGAGAGAGCGAGAGAGAGCGGGAGAGAGAGAGAGAGAGAGAAAGAAAGAGAGAGCGAUAAAGAGAAAGAUAUGCGAAUGGAAUCGCAAUGAAUCGUCACUGGGGAGAUAGGUGUGGCGCGUAAAAAAAGGCGCGCUGUAGAGUGGAGUGCGCGCGCGAGCGCGUGCCCGGUUUUUUCUGCGUGUGCAUAGUAGUAGUAGCAGUAGCAGCAGUAGGAGUAGUAGUAGUAGUAGAAGAGUAGUGGUGAUGAUGGUGAUGGUAGUGGGAUGAUAAUGGUAGAGUAGCAAGAAGGUAUAUGGUCGCGAGUGUUUCUCGUACGUACAUAUAUAUAUUGGAAAAUGAAGGCGGAACGUCAAAAGAAAUUUUUAACGAGUAUUUGGCACGAUAGGAGAUCGGUGUCAAUUUGGCGGUGUUCGGAUUGAGUAUUAUUAUUAUUACUACUAUUAUUAUUAUUAUAAAGAAAAGUGUAGAAGAAGGGGGAUAUAAAAAGAAAAAGAGAAAGAAGUGGAGAAGGAAAGAUCGUUUUAAAAGUUUUUCGUCGUACGGAGAAGUGCAAGAGUCUUGAGUUACAAAGAAAAGAAAAGAAAAGAAAAGAGAAAGAGAAAGAGAAAGAGAAAGAGAAAGAGAAAGAGAAAGAGAUAGAGAGACAGCGCAGAAGAGGAAAAGAAAGAGAAGGAAGAGUGAACGAAAGGGGGAUCGGCGGAGCACCGCGUGCCGUUGCAGCACAGCGUGUGCGUGCGUCCGCGCCUAUGCGUCCAAGUCCGCCGUGUCGCGGUGAUCUUCGCAGUGGCUGCGGCCGCAGUGGUGGUGGUGGUGGCGGCGUCUGCGACGACGGUGGAGGUGGUGGUGGUGACGGCGACGGCGACGGCGACGGCGGCGGCGGCGACGGCGGCGGUGACGACGUCGGCGGUAAAAGAGAAGGAGUGGAGGUGCUGGCGACGACGGUGACGGGUCGGUGGCGGUGGAGGGGGAGGAGGUUUUUCGUCGUCGUCGUCGUCGUCGUCGUCGUCGUCGUCGUCGUCGUCGUCGGUGGUAGCGGUAGUGGUGGUGAUAGUAAUAGUAGUAACAAUAGUAGUGGUGGUAGCAGUGUUGCUGGUGGUGGUGGUAGUGGUAGUGGUAGUGGUGGUACUAGCGGUGGCGGUGGCGGCGGUGGUGGUAGUAGUAGUGGUGGUGGUAGUAGGAGAACGGAAUUGCCGUGUCGCGAGCGGCCGAACGAGUUAGCGCGUGUGCGUGCAUCGUGCGCGCGUACGCUCUCCUUCGAGGCUUGCGCGCGAGCGCGCGAGCGCGUGUGUCGGUGGUAUCCCCCCGCGCGCGCAUCCAAGGAAUUCACGAUCGAGCAACACGGAGGGACUCCCAGCAAAUGUUUAAAUGGACGCAUCGUCCAUUAUCACCCAAGUGUCGCGGGAUGACGAGCUAGGCCAGUUUAAUAACGAGAAAGCCCAAUUACCACGAGAGAAUGAAGCGGCCAGCAACGGUCCCACAGGUGGCAAGAAACCAAGAGGGCGGGGACUCUUGCGUUCUCUGCUUUGUUGUCUUGGUAGAGGACGCGGAAGUAGUUCGAAAAGUUCCAAAACAAGUUCGCUACAGGGAGAUGGACGGGGUUCACCUCCGCCAGGAACUGGGUCCCCACGGUAUCUUUUACCGCCUGUCAGACACCAGGAUAUGCAUAAAAAGUGCAUGGUGAUCGAUUUGGAUGAGACACUUGUGCACAGUUCUUUCAAACCGAUCAACAAUGCGGAUUUUGUUGUUCCUGUAGAAAUUGAUGGAACAGUACACCAAGUGUAUGUCUUAAAGAGGCCUUAUGUGGAUGAAUUUUUGCAGAGGAUGGGAGAACUAUACGAAUGCGUAUUGUUCACAGCAAGUUUAGCUAAGUAUGCUGAUCCUGUAGCCGAUCUGUUAGAUAGAUGGGGAGUGUUUAGAGCAAGAUUAUUCAGAGAGUCGUGCGUUUUUCAUAGAGGAAAUUACGUUAAAGAUUUAAAUAAGCUGGGAAGAGAUCUACAACAAAUUAUUAUUGUCGAUAACAGCCCUGCCAGCUAUAUUUUUCAUCCUGAUAAUGCGGUUCCAGUGACAUCUUGGUUUGAUGACAUGACGGACUCAGAACUAUUAGAUUUAAUUCCAUUCUUUGAGAAACUUAGUAGCGUGGAGAACAUUUAUACAGUUUUGUGCAACAGCAAUCAUCCAUAUAAUCAAGUAUCAACUACGGUACAAAACAGUCCCAGUCCUGGAUCAGGUUCGCUUGGUGCUUCCUAGCCCCACCUAUGUUCUGGUCAAGUGACCAGUCUUGUUAUCACUCGAUGUGCAUUAAGGAGGAUCUUAAUUGAUUUGUCCAAUGCUAACCACUUAUUGUGCUGCGAUGGAUAAUCGGGUAUGCCCAGUUAGAUAUUUUAUCUAAGGCCAAAAGUACCCGUAGUAGUCUGGGUGAACAUUUCUGCGUAUCGUUUCCCUGUUAUAAUAGUGCAACAUUAACCGCACUCUGCUUUGUUGUUGCCUUCGAAUUUUCUUCCUAAUAAGCAGCAACGCGAUGAAGAACUAACGUUAGAAGAAAAAAAAAAAAAGGAAAACAAAAAGAAAAAGAACGAAUAGGUACAGACAGAACGAUGAAGAAUGAAUAAAAAUAAUACGUGUAGCGAUUAACUUUUGUUACACUUCGAUUCAAAGGGUUUUGUUACGACAAAGAGUUUUUCCGAUGAUGAUCGAACAAAAAGCAGAAAUCGAUAAACGCUUCGGUAUAAUUAGUUAGAUCAGAGUACGCAAAUGCGUGCUUUAUAUCUUUGAUACAGACGAAAGUGAAAAAAAUGAAUGAUAUAUUUCUUGUUGAAUUAGAGCACGCAAAUUUUGUGCUAUUGCAUGAUAUUUACUUGCUGAAUACCUCAACGGAUAAUCUUAAAAAUCCUGAACUAAAUCCUGAAUAUAAAUCGCACAGAGUCAUACAAGAAAUUAUCAAAGUGAUCAUUGAUAAGUAUGAGUCGUUUGAUGGGUUGUUCGGUGUUACACAUUUUUUUCAUCAUUUUAUUUGGACCAAUUUGUUAUUAAUUUGCAUUUCAUUUGCUGGCAUUACAAAUAUGUACAUCGCAUCACAACUUCGAGUUUGUAUAGUAAUUUUUUUUAGCAUUUUCCCAUAGGAUCGAUGAUAUAUAAUAUUACGAUCGUUACUUGACGUAAUAUUGAAUAUUAAAGCAAAAAAUAAAAAAAAAAAAUAAAAAAAAACACAAAAAAGAAAAUAAAAAAAAAACAAAAAAAAUAUCAAAAGGCUGGCAACUUAAAAUUAUGAUAAUACACUAAAUGUUAAAUUUGUUUAAUCAUCUUAAAAGGUAUCAUCCUUCGUAUUUUAAACAGUGAAUUUUAUUAUAAUAUUUUAGAUUAAGUUAUUAAUAUUUUCAUGAUUUGCCAGUACGAUUGACCCUUUUUUUUUCUUUUUUUCAAAGGAGAAUGUGUGCCAGAUAGUGAGUCAACUAAUUUAAUUACAAGAAAGUGAUAUAACAAUUUAAAGAGACCGAGCCAAAAUGCAUAUCAUUCUCUCCCUCCAAGCGCAAUCGUACGGAUAAUAAAAAACAUCUUACGUUAAAUGAACAAUUAUAAUAACAUGGUUAAUGAAUUAGAUUUAUAUAGAUAAUAUAGAACCCUUGUGAAGGGUAGGUGGUAGACAACACAAUACGUGUAAGUAUGUAGUUGUAUUCACACUAACAGUGAUGAUUGAUUUUGCACGCUUUAUCGUAUAUACAUAUUAUGUAAUGUACAGAUUGCGCAUUACGUUGAUAUAAUCAAUCUUAUUAUCAUUGCUUAUAUUUUUUAUCCUCGUUAUUAUUAUGAUUUUAUAAUGUUAUUAUUUUUUUCUCCUCUCAUUAUUUUCAUCUCUCCAUCUUCUCAUAGUUGUUACAUUAAUGUUAUUAUUAUCACCAUUUUGUGAUUACUUUUAUUAAUGCUAUCAUCUAUUUCAUCCUUUAUGUGACUGGUCCACAUUUUAAAGUAUUAUAUAUAUAUAUAUUGUUUGUAAUGUUCUAUAUUUGUUGCUGUCGCAUAAUGUUUUUCAUCGAUCAGUUUUUACAUUAAUCGCUUAUAAACUGGUAAUUCGAUUAUUAUCAAAAAGAAAGAAAAAAAAAAAAGAUUAAAAAAAUCAAUCAAACGCAUACAACUUAAACAUGAUAAAUUUGUUUUUAUUGAUUUGUUGCAUUUUUCAUUAUAAAAGAAAAUUGAAUAUUUAUAUAUGCACUGUAUGUAAUAUCUCUUUUUAAACUUAAUAAUAUUAAUUUUUUGUUAAAAAUUAUGAGAAUUAUACACAUUGAUAUUCCAAAACGGGUAAACAUAAGAUUAAAUGAGUAUUUUAAUAAAUAGUACGGUGAGAUAUAUGUAUAUAUAUAUAUAUUUUUUGUUUUAUGUAAUUACGAACAGCUUAUUUUGUUUACAUAAGUGUGCAAAGUUGUAUAAAUAGAUUAUCACGAUAAUAUAUGUAUAUCUAUGAGCGCAUUACAUACAGUUUAAGAAUCAUCUAACAAUCGUUAUAAAAAACUCGCUAGGACAUUUUAUCUGUGCAAUUUAUUCUUAUUUUUUUGUUUUGUUUUAUACAUCUUUUUUUUUAAUUAAUUCGAAUGAAGAAUUUAUAUAUAUAUAUAUAUAUAAAUGCAUAUAUAUAUAUGAGCUGAUGAUUCAUAUAAAAGUGUAUGGUCUAAAUCAAAAAUGAAAAAAAAAAAAUUAGUCUAUUGUGUAAUUCGUGUAACUGGAUCUUUGCUAUACAAAUUACGUAAUAAAUGAAUUUUUUUUUUUAAUUUUUGAUUUGGAUUAACCUUUCAUAAUCAUCAGCUCAUAUAUAUAUAUUUAUAUUUAUAUAGAGUUUUUACAAAAUUAGAAAUAUUUUUCAUUCACAAUAUAAAGACGUAUAUACUUGGAUAAUAAUAACAACACAGACAACCUUCGAUAAUAGGCGAAGCUUAAAAGAAAUAGUAUAGUCUAUCAUAAGCGGAUUCGCUUUCACUCUGUUAUGCAUUUGCUCCUCGCAUAGCACAUUAUAAGAGGAUUCUAUCGUAUUAAUGUCAGUAAUUCAACACAUACUUGAAAAAAUAUAUAGAGAAAAAUUAUUAUAAGCUAUACUUUCUUUUAAGCUCGUAAUCAAAUGUCUUUUUCUAUAUUUGUAAAAUUAAACUCAUUAACAUUGCAACUUAACAAUAUUAAACGUAUCACUAAAGCGACGCGAUUUUUCAAUCAUCUCCUACGAUCAUUUUGAUUGAUUUUUUUUUCUUUUCUUUUCUUUUUUUUUUUUUAAUGUUAAUAAUGAAUAUAUCAUUGAAAAAAUUAUAAAGAAACAAUUGUUAUAAACUAUAAUUUCUUUUAAGCUCUUAAACAAGCGUCUUUUUUCUAUAUUUGUAAAAUCGAACCCUUUAACGAUGCAACUUAAAAAUAUUAAAAGGUAUACUCUUAAAGCGACGCAAUUCUUUUUUUUUUCUUUUUUUUUUUGAAACGUCUUCUACGAUCAAUCAUUAUGAUUGAUUAUUUCCAAUGAUAGAUAUUAAAAAAUCUUAAAGACGUACAAUUUUUUGUCUAUUAUAUUAAUUUCUGUUAAACAUUAUGAAAACGAUGAUCGUUUCUAUGAGAAAACAGUACAAAUCAAUCAAAAUUCUUCUUCGCACUAAUAAUAGAAUAUUUUGCACGAGAGAGAGCGAGAGAGAGCGAGAGAGAGAGAGAGAGAGAGAGAGAGAGAGAGAGAGAGAGAGAGAGAUGUACGAGUUGCAAUCUUUUAUAUUGGAAUACGAUAUUUGAGAACUAUAUUGUUAGAUAUGUGUAUAUAUAUAUGUAUAUAUAUAUAUAUAUAUAUAUAUAUAUAUAUAUAUAUAUAUUGAAAUCUAAUUAUACGAGUUGUGGUAAAAUAGUAAAUGAUGAGAUACCGUGAAACACUUGUACUUAGUUAAGGAGAGAAAGAGAGAGAGAGAGAGAAAAAAAAGGAAGAGAACAUAUUUUCUUUCUAUUAUGUUAAGAAGGAUAGAAAAUGAAAUAUUUUAAUGUAUCAUGCAAAAGAGAAAAACUUUUCGCACUUCCAUUGAGGCUUUUAUAUUUACUUUGGAUAGAUGUUGCGAUUAAGUUAUACAUAUAUGUAUAUAUGUGUGCGUGUAUUAUAUAUAUAUAUAAUACAUACAUAAAUAUAUAUAUAUAUUGUAUGUUGUUUUUUUUCUUUCUUACUUUUUCUAUAUACAUAUACACCAGAUAUACCAGUGCAAAAAACGAGAGAAAGAGAAAAUGAAUGAAUGAAAGAGAAAUAAAGAGAGUUAGAAUAUAUAAAUGUACAUAUAGAGUAUAAAUGCAAAUAAUGAAAAUAUUCGUACUUUGAAAAAUAUGUAAAAAAAAAAAAAAAAAAGAAAAAAAGAAAAAAAUCGUUUCUCUAUCGCGCGACUAUCACUCUCUGUUUCUUCGAAUUUGUUACUUUAACACAAUGUGUUAACGAUGAAACUGAGAAAAAUUGUUUUAUCUUUUCGGAUGUUUAAUAUUUUCUUUUUUCCUCCUUUAUUCUCUUUUUUUUGUAUUUUCUUGUUUUUUCUUUUCUUCCUUUUUUUUUAGCGUGAUUCGAUAUCUCGUAUUUGCGUAUAUGAAAGUAAAAACCUAUUCUCGUAAAGAUAUUGAUAGUCUCGUAUCCCAUAACGCCCAGCCAAACGACUCUGUAGAAAGCCAAUACACAUACAUACGUACAUACAUAGAUACAUACAUACAUACAUACAUACAUACAUAGAUCGUGUAACAUAAAUAUCGCAAAUAUUUUGAAAAUAUAUUUGCGAUAUAUAUAUAUAUACAUAUAAUAGAGCGAAUAGAGAGACAGAUAGAAAGAGAGGGAGAGAUCCAUUUGAUUUCACUUCACACACCAGCGUAAUUAUCUAAAUGGAACUUUUAAUCUUACGAUGCGUUUUACAAUUGUAACUACUUCUUUGAAUAUAUGCCAAAAGAUCGCGCGGUGUUAACGUUUUAAAGAAAAUAUUUUCCACGAUAUUUUCGAGCGAUACAAAUAAUAUAAAUAUAUAUAUAUAUAUAUAUGUACAUGUGUGUAGUGUGUAUGUGUAUAUCUGUGAGCGUGUACGUGCGUGUGUGUGUGUAUAUAUAUAUAUUAUAAAAGAAAAAAAAGUAAAGAAAAUAAAAAAAAAAUAAAACAACUGUACAAAUAUGUAGCAAAUACCUGAUGAACUCGUCUUUUUUACAUUAAUGAAUAUCGAAUAAGUGUCGUCGAACGCUUCGAAUAAAAUUUUAUUAUAUGUAUAUCUUCUGUGUCUCCCAUCACACCGCAAGAAGAGAGGAAAGAAAAUAAAAACAAAAAAAGAAAAAGAAAGAUCAAUAACAAACAAAUAAACAAAUCAGCAGCGAAGCACUCAGAAUUGCGUACUCUUCGAAUGAAAUGAAUUCCUUAUUGAAUUCGAUUCGUUUCCUUAAAUGCAUAAAAUAAUAGUAAAAGAAAAGAAAAGAAAAGGAAAAAAAAAUAAAAGAAAAAAUUCUAGCGUUUAGACAAAGAAGUCUGUGCUUCCGUAAAUAAUUGCAACUUGCAAUAUUGCAGCACGCGAAUUUUUUCAUUAAAGGAUUGUAUCGUCAGUAAUUUUACGAUUUUAUGAUCGUCUUGUAUCUAUAUAUAUAUAUAUAUAUAUAUAUAUGUAUGUAUAUAUAUGUGUAUAUAUAUGUAUGUAUGUAUAUAUAUAUAUAUAUAUAUAUUGAUUCGUUUUUGUUGAAAGACAAAAUGAAGAGAAUAAAAAAAUUUUUACUCAUUUUUACCAUAUAUUUGAUUGUAUGACAUAUUUGUAACAGACUGCAAUGUAAAAAAGAGUUUCCGAAUAUGUAUGUAUAAUAUUAGCGUGCAUUAUUAGUUUAUGCGCAAAUUUCAAAUAUUCGAAUAUGUAUUUUGAUUAUCAUCUGUGUAAGUACGAGUGGGGAGAAAAUUAUUGGCAUUAAUACAAGAUUAUAUGUAUGUAUGUAUGUAUAUAUAUAUAUAUAUAUAUAUGUAUCUAUGUAGAUAUGUAUGUAUAUGUAUACAUAUAUAAGAAACGAUCAUUACGAAAGUGAUCUAAGUCGUAUAUUUUUCGUUUUGAAAUACAUAUUUUAAAAUAUUUUGAUUUUAAUUAUUUAUAAAGAUUAUUUGUUUUUAUAAAAGUACGUAAGUAUAUUUAUUCUUAAAGAAAAUAAUUUUUUUAUGUAAUGAAAAAAGAUUUUUUAAAUAGCAUCUAACGAAACAUCGUUUGUUUUUUAAUAUCUCAAAUAAUAGAUCACUAAUCAGCGGCUUGUAUAUAAUACACACACACACACAUAUAUAUAUAUAUAUAUUUUCUAUUUGCGAUCAUCAUCUAGAUAUGUUACGGAAUAGUGAAAUCAUCGUCUCACCAUUUUUAUCAUAAUCAUGUGUCUGUAUCAUCUUUCUUGAUAAGCCUUUUAAACAUAGAUCACUUAACACGUUACGAAAGAUUUAAUCUGUUGCUAUGAUAUUUUUUAUAUCUUUAUGGUCUUUGCUGUCUUAUCGGUGUGUUGAUAUUCGAUUCAAAAAGAAAGCUACUAAACGUAUGAAGAAUAUGUACAUACAUACAUGCAUAUAUAUAUAUAUAUAAAUAUAUAUAUGUAUAUAUAUAUUUUUUCACGUACACACUCUUCUCGCGACGACACACAACAAUCAAAUACAAAUAAUUAAAUAAUUCAUUCGUCAUCCGCACCGGUGGAAUGGAAUGUGUGAGAUUUGUCUUUUUUUUUCUUCGUAUUAACGAAAAGAUAAAGAAAGAGGAAGGAAUAAAAAAAGGAAAAUAAAAGGAAACAACAGUAACAAAAAUUAUUGCGCUAUGUAAAAUGUAUCGUUAGAUUGUUGAGAGAAAGAGAGAGAGAGAGAGAAAGAGGAGAGAGAAAUUGUAAAGGGGAUUAAAACCAAUACUUUUCUCCGUGCUAAAGCGUUAUUUCGAGAAGCUACACGUUUGUGUGUGUAAACGUGUGUUAAUAAAUGAAUCGAUAAAAUUGUAAAAAGGAUUAGAAAAGAGGAAGAAGAAGAAGGAGGAGAAGAAGAUUAUAAAAAGAAAAGAGACGAAAAAUGAGCGGGAGAUACGUGUGCGCUUGUGGUGGUGUGGUGUGGCCGGGUGCAUGUGUUUAGAAGAAAAAAAUAGAAAUAAAUAAAUAAAUAAAUAAAAAGAAGAAUAAAUUGCAAUGGAGAAAGCUGUGCACAGGUUUCGAGCCUGUUAAUUAAUAAAUUCGUAAUUUUUUAUAUAAUGCUGAAUUAUUUUUCGUAAGAAAAAUCGCAAUGACAUACAUACACAUACACAUACACAUACACAUACGUACACAUAAAGCCUCCGGAUAUGGCGCUUACACUUUUUUGCGCCUUUAAACAUAUUACAAUAUUAUAUAUAUAUAUAUAUUUCUAUGUACUGUACAAAAUCGUCAAAAAAGAAAAGAGAAGAGAAAAGAAAAGAAAAACAACACAAGGAAUUUUUAAAUGUAAUCAGAGCGUUGUGUUAAACGUGGAAAGAGUGAGAAAAAGAUAAAUAAAUAUAAAUAAAUAAAUAAAUAUAUAUAUAUACGCAUACACACACAAAUACACACACAUACACGAGAUAGGGAUAUAUACAUACAGAUACAUGCGCAUAUUGAAUGCGAAUAAAAGAGAGAAAGAGAGAGAGAGAGAGAGAGAAUGAGAAUGUAAACGUAUGAGUGUGUACAUGUGAAUGUGUGUGUGUGUGUAAGAGUAGCGAUGAAAGUAGGGUAAAAAAAUGCGAGAAUGAGCGAGAUGGAAAUUAAUUGAAAAAAAAAUAAGAAAGAGAGAAGUAAAAAACAAAAAUCAGAGUGAAAGAUAUAUGUAUGCAUGUAAACAAGAUUAACGAUAAUGCCUUGAUUUGUAAAUAAAACUUCAUCACUUCCACUAAUGAAAA